AUUAAGAGGACGCUUCACAUGUAUAAAUUCGUCCGUAAAAACCGUUUCACGCGGGAUAGAACCACUCAGACUGUAAUAAUUUUUAAGACUCCAAAUUUAUAUACAAUAUAGCUAAAAACAUUAUCUGUAAAAUAUCGUUUUUAUUUUUUUGAUAUCACUUAUACGAAAAAAGUUCUUAUUGUUUCAAAAUCCAUUAUUUUUGUGUUUUUUAAAUUUGGAAAACUUUUUUUGUAGUUCCGAUAUCGCAAAAAUGAAAACGAUAUUUUACAGCUAAUGUUCCCCUUUUUAUGUGGUGAAAAUUCCGUUUCUUAGUUAUGACUGUAGCCUUCUUAGUUCUUUCCCGCGCGAAACAGUUUUUACGUUAAGAAUUAAACUUUAUUAAAUAUUUUUGGUUGUAAUGUGCUGCUGCCUAAGAUCAAGUGCACAACGAAUACGAUUUCUCCCACCACCAUAAACUGAAAUUAUAUUUGCCCGUAUCUGUGCCGCACGCUGUGAUUAUCUAUAUUCAGCACGCCCGUAAUAAUUUCCAGGAAUAUUUUCGAUAUGAAAUAAUUUAAUUUUAGUGACGACUUUCUAUAUAAUAUAGUAUCUAUUAUUAUAUAAUAAAAACAAUGAAAUAGAAAUUGAUAAUAUUAUUAUGGUGUUUCCUAUACUUACAAUGCGCGUCCCAUAUAAGCUAGUCUAAAUAACUUAUAGACUAUAGCUAGACCUAAACGUGGGAUGUCUUGUGAACAGUGAUAUUUAUAUUAGAUAUAUUUGUGAAUUUAUUAGUACCUAUAUAUUGGUUAUUUAAUUGUUGUUUUAAAUAAAUUGUGAUCUAUAUAUCUAUAUAUAGUAAAAAAUGUCACCGAAAAAAAAUUUAACAAAAAAACGAAGUACUGGAUUGAAAGCCGUACGACGGCGUAUGAAACAAAUAAAAAACAGUAAAAACCAACCGUAAGUAUUUUUAUGGUGCCAUAAUUUUGAUUUUUAUACACAAUUAAUGGCUUACAAAUGGCUAGCUAACUACGAAUUACAAAUAUGAAGGUAAGUAGGUACACAUAUUUUUAUUCCAGAUUGGUAUUGUGUAAAGCAAAUUUUCUCCAACAUUGUUUUAUUAAUAAUAUCAUUGUUGUCACAUAUUUCAUAUAUUUAACUAUUUUAAUCCUAUACGAGUAUUGUUAUAAUUUUUAAUAGUUCAGUGACUGAUGAGAAUAUACUGACUGAUAUACCGGGUUUUAAUGAAAUAUCUGCGAUUGAAAGUUCAGGUGGCCUACCAAAUUGUAGUGUUGAGAAUUGUGACAAUUAUAGUAAUAUCAAUACAUUAAAUUUAACUUCAAAAAGUCCACUCGCUCAAUCAAGUUUUAUAGAAAUUUUAUCGGAGAGUUCAAUUAUAAACUCCUUUCAAACUUAUAUUGAAACGCACAUUGAGCAAACUUCAAGGUAUCUAUAUUACACACAGUUAAAAACUUUAUGUAAACAUAAUUUAAGUUUAUUUAGUUUAUUAUUUUAGUUUUUUAAUUUAUUUAUAAAAUGUAGUUCGACACUCAUUAUUAUUGAUUAUGUUAAUAUGUUUUUUGUAUUAUUUACACAUCUUACAAAUCUCGGAAAAAUUGGUUUAUAUACUUAAUACAUAAUUGAGAGUUGAAAUAUUAUUAUUUUUUGUGUAUCGUAGGAUUGGACGAAGAAUUGUUGACAUUUUUUACAUUUUUCAACAAUUGCAAAAUAGUGUUCAUGACAUUGCAUUCGGAUGUUCUUUUAUGAACUCUGAACUCGUAAAAGAAAUUCGUAAUGGUUAUUUUUGUACGUGGACAUUUAAAUGUAAAAUGUGUAAUCUAAUUACCAAAAUUGAGUCUGAAAAAAGUGAAUCAUAUAUACCAAUCAAUAAGGCAAUUGUGACUGCUACCGUUGGAAUUGGAAUAGGUUACACUCAACUUAGUGAAUUUUCCGCGAUUUUAGAUAUACCCUACCUUAGCACUAAUACAUACGGUAAAAUAUUCGAUGAACUUAGUACAGUAAUAGAACAAACGGCAUGGGAACAGAUGAGAUUGGCCGGAAUUGAGGAAAAGGAAUUAGCGAUAGAGGCUGGAGAUAUUGAUACUGACGGUGUACCAUUGUGCCCUGUAAUUGCUGACGGUCAGUGGGGAAAACGGAGUUACAAGACCAAGUAUAACGCGUUAUCCGGAGCUGCUACAAUUAUUGGAUUUCGUUCUAACAAAGUCUUAUUUGUCGGAAUACGAAACCGCUAUUGUUGUAUGUGUGAAAGAGCUCAUACGUUAAAGUUGUCCACAAAUGUUUUUUAAAUUGGGACAAAGC